GUUUCUGCGGAGGAAGAGGAAGGAAGAGUUAACGGGGGGGACGGCAGCAGCGGGGCUGGUGAGGACGGGGCACCGGCACAGCGAGCGGGCACUGGCAAGACCCCAGGACAGCAGCUUUGGGAAGGGGUUAACUGGAAAGGCUCUGCCCUGUGGAGCCCCCAGCUGAGCUGCCCCCACUCCUCAGCUCCUCUCCCAGCUAAAGCCCUGAGAAGAGCCAUUGGGGUGGAGCCUGCAACUCCAGGGAAUACAGCUCAUGGAUCAAACAGAAACGGGAAGAGGGCUCUCCAGGCUCUGCAGUGCUGAGGUGGGUGUCGGCUCCUGGGGAAGCUCCUCCAUCCCAUCCCAGGGGCCAGGAUGAGGAGGCUCCCAGGACAAGGAACCUCCUGGGACAAGUCUACAACAAAAAAGCUGCUCAAAAAACUCGAGGUUAGUGCGGACGUUCCCUGCCCCGCCGGAGAGUGGGCUGGGGCUGGCGAUGGGCACCAGAGACCUACAACCGAAGAGGCUGGUUAGGGGCAGCGGGAAGCGCAGGAGCAGCUCAGCAUCCCGGGAAGCGCAGCCACGGCAGCGGAGCGAGUGGCCGUGCAGAGGCAGCGCGGUGAGACCCAGAGCUCCUGCCACCGGGCCGGGGACAAGCGGUGACCGAUGGAGGGGACGGGGGCAGGGGGAAGCAGAGCGGUGGCACCGUCCCCGCGCAGCCCCGCGGCCUCACCCGCUGCCCAGCGCACCCAGGGCUCGGCCCCCCAACACCGUCAACUUACUAACUACGGGCAGGGGCACCUCAAAACCUGGCCACUUCAACAUCGGGGCUGCAAGGGAAACAGAAGGCACGUUGGAGGACACCGGGACGCUUGAUGGGAACAGAAGGUCAUGGUUAAGGAGAGACUUAAGGCUCCGGGCAGGCGGCCCCAGAGCCCGCCGGCCACCCCGCACACAGCACGUCAGGCAGAGGAAACAGGAGGAAAAAGAAGAAAAAGGAGGAAAAGUCGUGUUUAUUGAGUCGCUGGUGCUGCGAGGAGGGGAAGGAAGGGCACGGCCAGCCGGGAGCCACCUGGGGAGCGCAGGGGUCGGGCAUGGCGGGGCUGCGGAAGGGAGGGGGGGCUUCCUUCCCCCGUGCCAGCCAUCCCCGCUUUCCCAGCGCCGGGAAAGCGCAGCCGGAGCCUUGGCAUGCGGGAGCAGCAGCAGCAGCAUCACCCCCUCAGGUGCUCACAGAGGGGGGACCCGGCUCUUAAACAGUUGUCGCUGCUCCCGCUCAGCGAAGCUGUUUAAUGCCAGCGGGGCCGGGCGUGCACGGGCAGCAGCCAGAGCCCCCCACGGCUGCCCUGCGCCGAGGGAUGGAGCAAGGAACAAAAACAUGGCAUGGGAAUGUGCGGCGGGUGAUGCAGGCUAUGAGGGCAGCACACAGGCACGGCAGCCGAAAAAGACACCGAGGCCCAGCUCAAUGCAAUAAAUAAAACUUUUAUUCGAACAAUAACU